CAAAACACAAAAGAAACAAAAAUGAACUUGAAUGAUUAUGCUUUUAGUUCAAAGUUCAUACACUCCUCAUCACAGCUAAUUACAAAAAUUACUUGUGGAGCAAAUUGUAGAAAGUGUGUGUGAAUGUAAGCCACUCACACACACUGUGUUCUAUGACCCAUGAAUGCCAUUUCCCAUUAUUAUGUCUUUGAAGAUAAAUGCCUCGGAAAGCUAGAAAUGUUUUGGGAUUUUUGUUUUGGAAACCUAUAUUUUUUUUUUAAUUAAUAGAUUGAAUAAUUGUUAUUUACUUUCUCUCUUUAGAUCCUCAUUCUCCAGUCAGUCUCAUUUCAUUGUUUAGGCUGUUAUAGACGAAUUCUUUGGGAUUUGUGUCUCUGAGUAUUGUCUGGUUUUAUUUUUAGUUGUUUGAUUGGUUCAUCACCAAAACAAAUGUCAACAACUCUAUCUCUGAUGGCCAAUCUCAUAAUUUAUUCCUCUGUACCAGAAAUAUUUUGGGAUUAGUGUUUCUGGGCCUUGUUUGAUUUUAAAGUCCUAUAAUUGUUUGAUUGAUUCAUGGGUAGCUCAUUGUUCUCUGUACUUUGCUUGUCAUUUCUUUUUCUGGGUCCUUGUUAUUCUGUGUCUACUAGAGACCAAGAGAGAGAUAGGAUCACGAAAUUGCCUGGGCAGCCAAGCAAUGCCGGUUUCGCUCAGUACUCGGGUUAUGUGACUGUACAUCAGGAAGCUGGAAGGGCAUUGUUUUACUGGCUGAUUGAGUCUCCGAAGAGCCGUAGACCCGAGUCAAGGCCACUCCUGUUGUGGCUCAAUGGAGGGCCUGGUUGUUCAUCUGUAGCUUAUGGAGCUGCCGAAGAGAUUGGACCUUUUCGUAUUCGUUCUGAUGGGAAGACCCUUUACUUGAAUCCUUAUGCUUGGAACAAUCUGGCAAAUUUGCUUUUCCUCGAAUCACCAGCUGGUGUUGGUUUUUCUUAUACAAACACAACAUCGGAAUUAUAUACGGGAGGUGACCAAAGAACAGCUGAAGAUGCACAUACAUUUCUUGUCAAUUGGUUCGAAAGGUAUCCACAAUACCAGUAUAGAGAUUUUUAUAUUGCUGGAGAAAGUUAUGCAGGUCAUUAUGUUCCUCAAUUGUCUCAAAUUAUUUACCAAAAAAACAAAGGAAUUAAGAAUCCCAUUAUUAAUUUCAAAGGUUUCUUGGUGGGUAAUGCUGUUACCGAUGAUUACCAUGAUUAUAUUGGCACGUUUGAGUACUGGUGGACCCAUGGUUUGAUUUCUGGCUCCACCUAUAGAAUGCUUCGAACAGCCUGCGACUUUGGAUCCUCUAUGCACCCAUCAAGUGAUUGCGUUAAGGCUCUCAGGCUUGCGGACGCAGAGCAGGGAAAAAUCGAUCCGUACAGCAUUUUCACACAACCUUGCAAUGAUACUUCAUCACUAAGGCGCAAUUUAAGGGGUCACUAUCCAUGGAUGUCCAGAGCAUAUGAUCCGUGCACUGAGAGGUAUACGAAAAAGUACUUUAAUCUCCCGGAAGUUCAGAAAGCAUUCCACGCCAAUGUAACUGGGAUUCCCUAUUCAUGGAAUUCAUGCAGUGAUAUUGUUGGUUACUACUGGGUGGAUUCUCCACUAUCCAUGCUUCCUAUUUAUCAAGAACUGAUAUCUGCCGGUCUCAGGAUUUGGGUAUUCAGUGGGGAUACUGAUGCAGUAGUUCCUGUGACUGCAACUCGAUAUUCCAUUGAUGCUUUGAAGCUUCCGACUAUUACCAACUGGUACCCGUGGUAUGAUAAUGGAAAGGUUGGUGGGUGGAGCCAAGUAUACAAAGGACUGACUCUUGUUACAGUAACUGGAGCAGGACAUGAGGUUCCGCUUCAUCGCCCCCGACAAGCUUACAUUCUUUUCCGAUCAUUCCUGGAGAACAAGCCCAUGCCAAGCUGAUCCCAAUUCAUCAAUUUUAUCUUUUCCGUGGCAAAUAAACAAAAAAAAAUUUAACCUGAUUUAAUGGGGCUUGAAAAGAGAGAAUAAGAGGUAACUUGUUCCUCUUUGUUACUGUCAGUACCUCUCCAUUCUUGCCUAUAGUUGUGGCAGCUUUUUCAAUUUUGUUUUGUUGUUCCUUAACUAUUUAGUAAAUUCAUAAAUUAUGUAUAAAAGUUAUGCUCUGUAUAA